CCGCUGCCAGCGAAACGAAAAGUACAACAACAAGCAAACAGCUCCUCGCUUGUCUCCUUCAUCAUCGAGUGGUCUGCCAUCCGCUCCGACACACGCCCGAGGAUGAGGACUUCGACCACGGGGCUUGAUGCUGUGCGACGGUGGCGCCGAUAUGUGGUGAUGCGGCGAACACGGAGGCAGUUUGAGGACCUGGUGCUGGCAAUUGAGGGCAGCGCGGCACAGGUGCAAUGGCCACCAAACUCGCUCCACCCCGUGGUCUCGUCGCCGCACGCCCCAUGGUUGUGCACGCCACAACAACAACAACGACAACAACAACAGCAACGACAACAACGAGGACAAUCGAAGGAAAGCGAGGAGGAACACCGGGAGGAGUGUGGGAAGGGGCAGAAGGAUCAAGAGGAUCAGGAGGAUCAAGAACGUAGAAGGAGUGAUAGCGCACUGCAGGUUGGACGCACCCAUGAGCAGGAGCAUACAAGGGAGCAAAGGGAAGACACGCACGUUGCACAACAACAACAACAACAACAGCAACAGCAACACGUGGCGCGGGGCACAUGUACAUCCCCGACUCUGUGGCUGUUUCCAGAUGUGCAUCCACGCCACGAUGAUGAGGUGCAGAGCGAGGUGCGGGUUUCCGUUGGUGCUGGCGGUGGUGAUGAGGAAGAAGCUGGCCACAUUUGUGACCACCCCCAGCUUCCACUGCUGCAACAACGACGACAACAACAACACCAACAAAGGCGACAGCAUCGCCUGCGUGAAGAGGUCGUGCCCGAAAUUGCGACCGUUGGUGCCAGGCGAGACACGGGCCGUGACAUGGCACCAAAGACAGCCUCCACGCACACAACAGUCCCUGGGUUGCACGAUCACCACCACCACCAGCAGCACCACCAGCAGCACCAGCAGCACCACCAGCAGCAGAAGUGGGUUGAUGAUGACGAUGACGUGGAUGAUCCUGAUUUGUCGAUGGCACUGUCUGAUUUGUCGCUGCUGUCUGUAUCGACCAUUUCGACGCCCGACCCUUCGGAGGAGGUACACAGCUCGCCUGCCCACACGGAUUCCACGCGAGACACGCUGCACACGCCAUCACCGCCGGCCUCAUCGCUGCACUCACCAGCGCACGUGCUCGGCCACAGUCGAGAGCACGAAGCAAAGCAUACUGUGCACCCUGCUGCUGUUGCAUUCGGCAGUGGUGGCGGCGGCGGUGCAACAGCUGGCAUUGAUCGCCACCCGCAUGCACCCACGCACAGCAGCCAUACUCAUCAUGUGCGCGGUGUGCGAGAUGCUGGCGCCAAGGCACGUGGCCCAAAUCACCAAGAUGAUGAAGAAGAUGAUGAUGAUGUUGAUGAUCACAACAAACGCGCGCAGCACCAGCACAAUACGCGCACGCAGCUUCAGCACAGUACUCACACGCAGCAUGAGCACAAUACACGCACGCAGCACCAGCACAAUACGCGCACGCAGCACCAACCACACCAGCACUGCGAGUCAAGCAGAACACGCGAGCAGUGGGUGCCCGUGCCCUCAGCAAACGCCAAUGCCACCACCGCCACCACCACAACAACGACGACAACGUUCUCUGUGUCGCGGCUGCUCAAGCUGCGGCAGCACAUCAUGAUGGAGCUGGACUGGACGCGCCAGUGCCUCGCCUCACGACUGCAGAUGCAGCGGCUGCUGCCGUGACAGUCGUUGCUUGUUCGCCCACUCCUCUUCGCUUGCUGCCACUGAUGAGUCUGGAGAUUUAUCAUAGAAGAUAUAAACGGAAACCGUCCACAAUUUCA